GGGCAACACUGAGAGGGAGUUUAUAAGGACGUCUGGCGGUCAUAGCAACUGGGGAGUGUUGGGAAAGGAGUUUAAGAAAAAAAGGGAAAUCAGAUGGACAAAUUUGACAUAAAAAGUGUCUGAAUACGGACUUGGGGAGAGAGAUAUGGGCUGUAAAUGCCUUAGGGAAUGUUUCCAAAACCUGGAGUAGAGGUUUGGUCAGACUGCACUACAUGCUUAACAGAUCUGUGUGAGUGUUUAGUGGAGCAGAAAAGUGGGACAUGUGCAGAUGCUUUGUGAGUUGUAUGAUGUAGAUAUGGAGAAAUUGUUAGUGAUGGUCAGAGAGACUGGACGGUGAUGGGGAAUAUAUAAAAUAUUAAGUUGGAAGACAGGGAAAGGAAGUGAUGGGUAAGGCUCUUUUUAGUGUUAGAAGUGUAACAAUAGUGUAGGUGUAGGCUGUGACCGGCCUCACACUCCUGCACAGUGGGUGGCGCUGUAUGCACAGUUAGCUACCAUACAGUUACAAAACUAAAAGAAGAAGAUCUAUUACCUCUGUGCUCGGUUGGUAAGGUCUGUGUAUUUUCUAUGGCUGCAUUUAUUUUGGAGCCAAAACAAAUCGGUUAGGUUUCAUUGUUUAACUGUUAGUGGCUAAACGGAAAUUCGCCGCUAAUGUUAGUAUGGAGAAGAAAAAGAAGUUUAAUAUCAAUUUGGACGAUUCCGUUUUCACAAAAGAAAGAAGUCCGGUGAAGUCCUUGUUUAAACCUUCCUCUAAAAGCAGCGAUGGAAACCCGUCAGUAGGCGAGUCCACUGCGCACGCAGCGUCAUCCGUUGGCCAACCGCUGUCCUACGCGGAGUUUGUUGUCCAGAGCAAGCGUCAGGCACCCCAGCAAGCCACCAGUCUCCCUGAGAGAGGCGACCUACCGAGGGCGGCAAUGGGGGAAGAGGCGGCCAUGGGGGGAGAGGCAGCCAGAGACGAACACAGGGAGCCAGAUUCCCGAGGGGGAAGCUCAGGAGAUCCCAUGGGGUCCACAGAGCCAGUAAAGCCCCAGGGGAAGACCAAGGAGGCGGAACCACAGGCCCCUCUGGAGGGGGUCUUACGAGGAGAGGAGGAGCAAGGAGGAGGUCAGAGGUCAGAAGCUGCUCCCAACAGCGCCCCCAAACUGCUUGGGACAGGGAGCAGCAUCAUUGUUAGUCCCAGACAGAGAGGGAACCCCAUCCUGAAGUUUGUGAGGAGCGUACCGUGGGAGUUUGGAGAGGUGGUGCCGGACUACGUCCUGGGACAGACCACCUGCGCCCUGUUCCUCAGUCUGAGGUACCACAGCCUGAACCCAAACUACAUCCACGAGCGUCUCAAACUGCUGGGGCAGUCCUUCAUGCUGCGGAUCGUUCUGCUGCAGGUGGACGUGAAAGACCCCCACCACGCUCUGAAGGAGCUGGCCCGCAUCUGCAUCAUGGCUGACUGCACCCUCAUCCUGGCCUGGAGCCCAGAGGAGGCUGGCCGUUACCUGGAGACCUACAAGUCCUACGAGAAGAAGCCCGCCGACCUGCUGAAGGAACACGUGGAGAAGGACUUCCUCUCCAAGGUGACUGACUGUCUGACCACUAUCAAGUCUGUCAACAAGACCGAUGCCAUGACCCUUCUCGCCACGUUUUCUACCAUGGAAGGGAUCAUGAAUGCCUCUAAAGAGGAGCUGGAACUGUGCCCUGGCCUUGGACCACAGAAGGCUCGGAGGCUGCACGACACCCUCCACCAGCCCUUCCUUAAAUCCAGGAAGGCUGACGCGUAGGGCCAGCAGCCAAUCUGAGUUCCCAAGAGUGGCAUUUCCCCACCCACCGCAGUGCUCGGCCAAUGAGGAUCCGUUGCUGGCAUGUUCCUGGAGGUCUGAUUGGACACAGCGCUGAUCUGAUGCCCUGUGUGAUCUGUGGCUUCAGUGAAACCGGGAGUGCAGAGGACUUCAAAGAUAACCAAAACUUCUGACUUUGCUUAUAUGUAUCUGUGGAGAUUCAUUUCCUGCCAAUGAAAUUAAAUUAUUUGUUUUUAAUCUUGUAAA